CAAACAAUAGAUCUAAAGAAUAAAACAAGAACCCUACUACAAUCAAAUCAAAACCAAACCAAGAAGCAAACCUUUCCUCUUAUAUAUUCUCUUCUCUCCUCUUCUUGUUCUUGAAAAACUUAGGGUUUUUUUUUAUUUUGUUGUCCAAAAAGAAAGAUCUUUCAUCAGAAAAAGCAAUACCAAACUCAUGUUUAUGUGUGUCUGUAUAUAGAUAAACAUUUACAUCACUUAAUAAGGUUACAUAUAAAAGAAGGAAAAAAAUGGGAAGGGGAAGAGUAGAGCUAAAAAGGAUCGAGAACAAGAUUAAUAGGCAAGUGACGUUUGCUAAGCGUAGAAAUGGUUUGCUCAAAAAAGCUUAUGAGCUUUCAGUUCUCUGCGAUGCUGAAGUUUCUCUCAUCGUCUUCUCCAACCGUGGCAAGCUCUACGAGUUCUGCAGCACCUCCAACAUGCUCAAGACACUUGACAGGUACCAGAAGUGUAGCUAUGGUUCAGUCGAAGUCAACAACAAACCUGCCAAAGAACUCGAGAAUAGCUACAGAGAGUAUUUGAAGCUGAAAGGUAGAUAUGAAAAUCUGCAACGUCAGCAGAGAAAUCUACUUGGAGAGGACCUUGGACCUCUCAACUCAAAGGAGCUAGAGCAGCUUGAGCGUCAACUAGACGGCUCUCUUAAGCAAGUUCGCUGCAUCAAGACACAGUAUAUGCUUGACCAGCUCACUGACCUCCAAGGCAAAGAGCAUAUCUUGCUUGAAGCCAAUAGAGCUUUGUCAAUGAAGCUGGAAGAUAUGAUUGGUGUGAGAAGUCACCAUAUAGGAGGAGCAUGGGAAGGUGGUGAUCAGCAUAAUGUUGCCUAUGGACAUCAUCAGGCUCAAUCUCAGGGACUAUUCCAGUCUCUUGAAUGUGAUCCCACUUUGCAAAUGGGAUACAACCAUCCAGUGUGUUCAGAGCAAAUGGCUGUAACGGCGCAAGGUCAGUCAUCCCAACCAGGAAACGGCUACAUCCCUGGCUGGAUGCUGUGAGUGAUACUUCUUCCCUCCCAAAUAAGGAUCUUUAAGUAUGCAAGUGGUUGGUUCUUGAUGAUGUGGAUGAGUUGGAUUCUAUGGAUAUGUAUGCUUUUGUGUUUAUGUAAUAAGACUUCU